AACAGUAUCCAUGUUUAUCCAAGAGCAUUCAAAUAUGAUUUUUCAUAUAAUAUGAAAAAAAGUGGUCUUAUUUAGAUGAUGCGUUGUCUCGGUGAGCUUUGUAAUCUGUGACUACCUAUGUUUUAAUUUUGAUAAAACUCAAUAGUUCUACUUUUCUUGAAAAACUCUAGUAAUAUUUAACAUUUCAUUGACAAAAUAUUUUCAGAACAGAUCAACAGUUCCUGGCCCCGGUUUUUCCCUAAGUUAAAUACAUAAUCAAGCAUUUGUUUCCAUUUAAUAUAGAGGAUAGCAUUGGAAAUUCAAAGAGAUCACUUUUGACUGAGCUAGGUAAAAUAUUCAGCUCAAAAAAAAAAUGAAUAAGCCAUUUAAAUAAUAUUUUAACUGCCAAGUAAUUUCUUAGGAUUGAAGACCAAGCUUGAAAUAAACUGAUUUUGAGAAAUUCAGGGUCGAUCGUAAACUGAUAAUAGCCUAAAGUCAGAAUUUCACAUUCCAGAUCUUGCAUCACCCCUGGCAUUAAGAGUACAUUGGUGUCAGCAUAAAUUGUCGAAAGGGAUGCACUUCGUGCUCAAGGAAAUUCAACAGGCAGCUGACUUGAUCGAUAGAAGACAAUGGUUACAUUUAUAUUCCUAAAGAGGUGCAUACUUGUUCUACUGCUAACGCCCCUUAUACGACCUAGUUCAUCUUUUGUUUGCAGUUAUUUUUGUUGUGAUUGUAAUGCAUUGGAAAACUUGACACAGACAACAUGUACCAAUACGACAAAGGUUGUACCAGUAACAAAACCUGUCACCAAUAUAGGUACAAUCAUCGGUGCAGCAGGUGGAGGAAUGGUGUUUGGAUCAGUCGUUACAGUCCUGGUAUUUGUGUGUAUAUGGCGCGCAGUUUGUAAGGAAACGAAUCGUAUGAUAACAAACCCGGUAUAUGAUCCUGGUGAUGGCACAGUUGAAGAAAACACAAAAGAGCAAAACGGGGAAAACACGACAUACAAUGAAAUAAAAGAUAUUACACUAGGCAAAGAAGGAGAACCAGCAAAACAGCGAGAGCAAUCCAGUUCGAGAAAAGAUGUGGACAAUCAAUUUAGUGGAUUAAACAAGGAAAAUAAAAGCGGCAAAUACGAUCGUUUAGCAUUGGUGGUAUCCAACAAGAUGGACGGUUAUGAACCGAUGAAUGCUCAUAGUGAUAAUACUGAUGACCAGAAAGGUCAAAGUGCAGGUGAAUGUGAGAAUCCACCGGUAGAUGGAAAUGAAAAGAGUGAUGACUAUUAUGUUGUGGAAAAAAUAGCGAUAAAUGAAUAAUGAUGUAUAACAAUCUUAAUACCUGUCGUACAAGCAUUAUAAAGGGUAUUGAAAAAAUGCUAACAUGAUUCAGGUGUACAUUUUAGAAUGUUUAACACACAAACUAAAUGUGUCUGCGUCAUAUUUUCCUUGAA